UUGUUUUAUUACAUUACUGUAUCCUUUUGAAACUAAACAAAUGUAUGCUAUUGAUUGAAAGUAAACACUAAAUCUGCUUUUAUACCAGCUGAUGGCGGUGUCGCACAGUUUUGUUCUUUAUCACACCCAUAACCGACCGAAACAAGGAAGAAGACCAACAACAACGGAGGUAUCCAAAGUGGGGCUUUGUUAAAUUCUUGUGUAAAAUCUGCACAGUCGAUGGCUUUUCCUCAACCCUUUGAUUUUUAAGGGUUACUGUCGAUUGCGUUAGCUUCAUUGCUAGCAUCAACGGUUGAAAGUACCUUCAACGACAAAAAAACAAAAAAAACAACCGUAUCUGCUCGUGUGUGUGUGUGUUUUAAAGACCUUUGUCUUUCGAGGUGGAUUGCUUGAACACAUGAAAGUAGCAAUGGAGGUGGAUAAGCCCAAGACGAAAACAAAGAAGCUUUCAAGGUCGAGGAGGAGGAGGAAACAAAACAAGAGGAAAACGAAUCCUGAUAAAGAAAGAGAAAAUAAGCCUGAUUCUCCGUGGGACUCUGUUCCCUCCACACACGAGACUCCCAGCAAGGCAACAAAGUUUGAAAAUGGCUGCGACUCCCUCACUCUCAUAAAAGACGCAGUUGUGGUUUUGACUAAGCUGCCCGAAUAUAAAAUCGGCGCGCUGAGACCCCCGACGCCUCCGCAGUUCUACAGCGAAGACGAGUCCUUCAGCAGCUCGGAUUCGGACACGCAGUGGGAGUCGGAGGAGGACUCCAGCGAUUCGGAUUUCUGGGUCAUAAACAGCAAACUCAAAUAUUCAAACUCCUCCAAUUGUGACCUGAUAAGGAUGCCUACAACCAGUCACAACUGCAACGGUAUCUCCCUUUGCUCACGUGACAAGAUCCGCCCCGACUUACCCGAAGAAGAAAUUAAUGUUGACAUGAUGGUUAUUGCUCGUAGAAGACCUAUGAGGUGGCAGCGUGGUAAAAUAGUUGAAAUAAUUACAAAAGACGAUGGGCGGUUGAAGUACAAGGUCAGCUUUGAAGAUAAGGGGACGUGCCUCGUAUCCGGACACCACAUUGCUUUUGACAGCAGGCCCAAGGUGGAGCAGCUCUACAUCGGGGCCCGAGUGGUGGUCCGCUGUCAAAAUAAUAAGUACCGGUUCCGACCCGGAAUACUGGCUGAGCUGCCCAGCAGGAAAAAUCAGUUCAGGUUUCUGAUGUUCAUGGAUGACCACACACCAGUUUAUGUCGGGCUUCCUUUGUUUCACAUGGUGUGCAGACCUUUGGAAGAUGUUUUGGACGACGUUCCCGACGGAGCGCACAAAUGCUUUAUGAGACAGUACCUGAAGGACUGGCCGUACCCUCACUUAAACAAGUACAGAGCUGGACAGAGCUUUAACGUGGAGCUUAAUGGAGUCAUGCAGAUGUGUGAGGUUGUUGUGAUCGACUGCAGCUUAAUGCAGGUUGUUUUUCAGGAAAAUCAGCGAAGGGAGUGGAUCUUCAGAGGCUCUGUGCGACUGGAGCACAUUGCCAGACUGUGGGAGGAGAGGAACAAGCUAGAGUCCAAGGACGACUCUGACUCUGAUUAAUCCAUAGAUGCAGGUAUAUGUAAAAUAGAUGUAGAAAUGAUAAAUGCAAAUUCCUAAGAGGGAUGCGUCAUUUUUUUUUUUUUUUGUUUAUUUUUGUUUUUGUAACAGUUCAGCCUAACAGAAAUUUAUGUUAAAAGACUGAAAUGAGACCCCCCAGGCAAACCCUUCCCCGUGUUCUUCAUGACGAUGAAUUAUUUUAAUUUUCCCUGCUCCCUAAUUGUACAAAUGUACUUACAUUAAUUAAACUGAAAUGCAAAACAGUC